UCAGUAUAAAAGUUCUGUUUACUUUACUGCCCAUAAAACGUGAGAAGCCUGCGUCCAAGCUGCUCGGCCCGCCUCCCGCCGUGUUUCCAUUGCCGCGGCCGGAGGCCACUUCAGUUAAUCCCAAAGCGCACCAGCCACUGUUGCUUGGAUUCUAGUUUGCUUCCCCUAUCUAUGGCAACCAUUUCAGCAUGGAUGUUAAAUUUCUCAGGAAUCAGGAAUCUGCCAAAGGGUGUAGAUUACCCUUUUCCGCCAUUCCAGGAUCAUCGUCGAUUUAGUAAAUAUGGAUUUAACAAGUUUCGAUAUGGGGCUGGAUUAAUCUCAAGGACGAAUCCAAGUCUGGAGAUCCCUUUUUUUCAUCAUCAGCAUUCACGCCCUCGCCCUGCUCGUAUUUUAUCUGCUGAAAGAAAUUAUGAACCGAGCCACCAAAGUUCUCGCAAAGAGCCAUUUUGGCUAAAUCCUUUCCGAGAGGCUCUCUGGAACACUCGAAGUUUACUUGUGUUCUUAGCCGAACAACCAGGCCAGCUGAAGUACAUCGAAUGGCCAAGCUUUCGCAGCACGCUGAGGACUGCUCUCUUGACCCUCGUCAUCGUUGCUCUGCUCAUUGUCGCGCUGUCGUCGGUCGACUCGGCUUUGUCGUAUCUGCUGGCUUUGUUUCUGAGGAGAAAGGCUUAACCUCAGAAAACAAUUUGUGCUGCUGAUAGAGUCCAUUUUCAGGUUAGCACACACUUUCAUUGGUUACUAAUAUUGCAUUUUGUUACAACAUUUCACUCGUAUCCAUGGUAUUAAAUUUUGGGUAUUUAUCAUAUGCCUAAGUGAAAUUUCCCUUGCAAUGUUUUUGGCAAGAUAUAAAUUAUUGCUGGAAAACCUGAUUUUUCAAAAUUUAUCCAAAAUUUUCAUAAUCUUGACCGAUUUUUUUUUUCUUUUUUUUUUCAAAAUUUUUAAAUAUAACUUUUAGAACAGAGACAGUCGCGUUUUAUGUUAGUUGGGUAGAUAGAUGCUAAUGUAACUCUACUUGAUUUUAAAUAUUGUAUUUAAUAAUAAAAAAAGUAUAUUAUUAGUGAAAUUAGAUUAUUCUUUAAAUUCAUUGUUUAGUUUGAAUUUUUAUUAUCAUUUAUGUAUUAGUGUGUUGACUUUCUUAUUUAAAUAAUAAUUAUUUAUUUAUUUUGUAUACUAGAUAUAAAUUAUUUUUACUUUAAAACAUUUUCAUUUAAAUUUCUCAAAUAUUUGUAAUGAUUUUCAAGUUAUAUAUAUAUAUAUAUACAAUAAUGAUUUCCAGUGUAAUUUUCAUAAAUUUACAUGUCUGAAACUGAGGUUUAAUAGCUCAUAUCUUGCUUGUUGAUUCAAUUGUGCAUUUUGGUAUGGUAUAGUUACAUGAAUGUUUUUAAUAAUAAUGAAUUUAUACAACAAUCACUCAUAAUUGUAGAAGCAACAUAAAAUGCUAUUUAAACAACACAUUCAGUUCCAUCAUAAAAGGUAAUAUAUUAUAUGAAAAUAAUUUGGUAGAAAAAUCUCUAUUAUUGAAAAAUACUACAUAAUUAAAUGAUUGGUCAGUCUGGUGGUGUGGGGAGAGUAAAUUUGUUACCGUGAUAAAUGAUUGAUCAAAGCAUACCUGAUGUUCAACUAAAAUACAAGACUAAGACGUCCCUAAAGGGAUGGCUGGUGUGCGGGAAGUGAGCUUCUGACCAUGAGAUCAUGAGUUCAAAUUCCGGAGCUUCGAGGUUCACCCACCAAACAUAAUUCUUCUAGUAUGAUUUGUCGUGUUAGGUUUAGUUUGCUGGGUAUUAAGUUCGGGCAGAGAUUGUCAAUUGCAACUAAUUAAAAACCCAAUGAAAUUUUGUACUCUAGAUUGAAGAUACCCCUAAAUCUGAAUAUAUUGUCAAUUCAUAGUAUGCAUGUGUUACUGAAAUAUUGUGUAAACCAAUUAUGAUGUAUUGUUUAACUUGUAUUUGUAUUAUAAUAUGUUCAAUAUUAAUUUAUA